ACGGUAGUAAUUUAGCAGCUGUGUUUUCAAAGUGCUCUUUAGGUGUGCAGUAUUUUUUGAAAUUUUCUUGAUAGCUGGUUAUAAAUAACUUAAAUUUAUUUAGGUACAAGCGAAAAAUGUAUAAUAUUUUAGUGCAACGUUAAUAUGUACACCGCUUACCAGAUAUAUACUACGCUCUAUUGUGUAAAUUGAAAAUUGAGCUACGCGAAAAAUCGAUGCAGCUGUUACGUAUGUUUGUGUGUGUGUGUAUUAAAAAAGCGCUGGAAAGUACAAUGAAAACAAGCCGGCUUUCAAAAAAUACCAACUAAAUAAACACAAAACAAUUGUCACAGCGGAAAAGUCAAUAACUUAUUUUUGUGGACUAUACAAAUGUAUAUACUCAAGCAUAUGCAGCAACAAUGCAAAUAUGAGAGAGUUGCAUAAAAAUCGAUAAAAUGUGUGAAGAGCAGUAAAGUGUUUCCAAAAGAACAUGAGUAACGGGAAGUGUAAACGCAACUGCAUGACCUGCGGCGCAUAGUAAAACUGAGAGCAGACAAAAAACCACAAUUCCUAUAAGAAAAGUGCAAUAAAAAAGCCAAAAAAGUGCAACAAUGUUUAAAUAAUAGUCAAAUGAAGCUCGCAAUAACCACAACGAACUGAGAUAAAACACAAAUCGACAUUACAAAUUUUUCACUUGGUCCUCAAACGUACUUAUGCCUGUGUUUAUUAACAACUGUUAAGCACAAUUUACUUAAAACACAACGAAAUUGCAUUGUCAAAGCGUAAAAUAUAAAAAUAGUGAAAAAUAAACAAGAAAAUAAUGCUAAUUAAAGUGAAAUAUAACGCAUUAAGUGAAAGCACAAGUUGUAAAUAAAACUAAACACAAAUAGUGUGUAGCGCACAAACCUGCAUUAAAAACUUAUUUGUUUCAUAAACUGCAAAACAUUUACAUCUGACUUCAAAACAAAUGAAUUUUACACAACGUUGAACGUUUAAGUGCACAAAUAAUUAAAAUAAAUAAUAAAAAUAACACGCGCGACGUAACUGUCGCAGUUUAUAACAGGCCACCAUCUACGUAAACAAGCUGCUACGUCUUAACCCGUAAGCCGUUAGACACAGAUUCGCAUUUUUGCCAUGACCUCUUACGUGGAGUUGUUUGUUUUGUUCCUGCUCUUGAUGCUGCCCUUUCCGUUCUUCUACGAAAACAGUCAUAUGUUUCGUUACUAUCUGAAAUUUUUCAUCUACUACGGCAUUGUGUCAUUCAAUUCGCUGAUCCUUAUACCGGCAUUCCUGUUACGACCGUUCGAUGUGCGAAAUUUGCUUUGGGCGAGUACAUUUUGUCAUCGCGUCUCGACUUUAAUCGGCCUACGCUGGGAGCUACGCGGUCGUGAACAUCUCGAAAAGGAUCAGGCAUGCAUAAUUGUGGCGAAUCAUCAGAGCUCAUUGGAUGUGCUUGGCAUGUUCGCAAUCUGGCACGUAAUGAACAAGUGUACAGUGGUGGCGAAACGUGAGCUCUUCUAUGCCUGGCCCUUCGGCUUAGCCGCCUGGCUGGCCGGCCUCACGUUCAUUGAUCGCGUGCGUGGCGAGAAGGCGCGCAAUACACUGAACGCUGUCAAUAGCCGCGUCAAGUUGGAUAAUAUCAAAUUGUGGGUAUUUCCCGAGGGUACACGUCGCAACACCGGCGAACUACACCCCUUCAAAAAAGGCGCUUUUCACAUGGCCAUCGACGAACAAAUACCCAUACUGCCGGUAGUCUUUAGCUCGUAUUGCAGUUUUCUGAAUGACAAGAUGAAAAUCUUGAAUGCGGGCAACAUAAUCAUCACCGCUUUGCCGCCAAUUAGCACAGCAAAUCUGACCAAAGACGAUCUACCCGAACUGAUGGAGCGCGUACAUCGACAAAUGGCGCUGACACUGAAGCAAACAUCGGCCGAAGUGCUGUCACGUUACAAAACAGUCAAAACGAGGUCAAUAACAGUGGCGUCCAACAGCGACGGCAGCAAUAACCUGAGCGCCGGCAGUGGCACAAGCUUGCGUACUGCAUCUGAGUGCACGACACUAAAGCGCACAGUAACGCAAGCAGCGCCCGCCGUGGCGUCAGCAACUGUAGCGGCUGCUACGCGGCAGGAACAUGCGACUCGCGGCUCAGCGCUGGCAAGCGGGGAAUGCAAACGUAACAUUAAGCUUGCUGCGCCUGCGCGCAAGACCGCGAGCACAUAGGGCGGCGCGUGGUAAUGAGCCAACGCAUAAGAAGACAAUUUUGCAGACUUUUUAACUGUGACACGAAUAAAGUUGCAUACCUUUCCAAUAACUUUAUGUAUUAUGUAAAAAAUAAUUAAGCUUAAGGCGAUACUAUAUCACAUUUUCAUACAUAUUUUACUAGCUGAAGACAUAAUAUUCUAUACACACAUAUAUGCCUACAAUAUAAUAUCAAAUUAUGGAAUAUUUCUCUCUUAAUUGCCAUUUGCAAUUUCACCAUCAGUUGAAAGUAGUUAACGGAAAACAAAAAUGUAACGGUUGCGCGCAGCAAUUUUAUUGCAAUGGAUAUUUUUCAUAGUUUUAAACAUAUACAUACGUACAAGAAUUAGUAAAUUUAAGCAAAUGAAAUUUUUACGCACACAACUGUACAUGUGACAAGUGAAAAGAUUUAAAUUUUUUGAUUAAAUAUUUCAUUUCAUACAUAUUCGUAUUACAUUUUAUAUACGUAUGCUUACAAACACACAAACAAAUAUGGCACGUUUGGCUCUAUGUAAGUAAAUUAAAGAAUUACACAAUUUUCAUAUUUAUUUUCAUUAUAGAAAUAGCAUAUAUGUACAUAUGUGUAUAUAUUUAACAGUUAUAUUUAUAUGCGCAACGAAUUUAAUUGUAUUUCAGAAAACGGCAUUGGUUCCUUUUAUUCGUGCUUAAAAUAAAUUAUAAAAAAAUAA